AUAUCUUCACACUUGACAUUCUACACUUUACAUCAACGUCGUGCCGCUUGCUUCUUCGCGUUGUUGCUGGUCCUCCAAUUCUGAUACCCCGGAUCUCCUCCGACCGACGUCUUUUGCUUUUACAUCCACCUUGACCGCAGCGCAGCGCAACGCAAUCGUACCGCAUCGCACUUCUUGACAGAGCAACCGCUGCUUGUGACGUUUAGUUUCGAUCUGGACAUACUUGGGCUACUUGAUAAAUAUGGCAUUGUCGACCGAGCAGAGCCAGAUGAGGUUUCUGGCUGUCGUGCUUCCGGCCCUCACACUAUGCGCACACACACUCCUCGCUCUUUCCUUCAUACUUCCGGGCUCUGAUCUCGAUAGCGCAUGCUUUUCAUUAACAUAUAAUGUGCUUGCUGGCUGCGCAAGCACACUAGGCUUGGUGGGCGCCGUUUGGUCAAUACCAAGCCUCGUGUCAGCUUACACCAUCCUUCACACCACGACGCUGUCCUUCGUAACCAUCGCACUCGUGAACAUGGUCCUGCCAUUCGACUUUCGGUUGCUAAACCCGGUAAUCCCGAGCUACGCUCUUGACGGAUCUUCGAUAUGUCGCGACAUCGAUGCAGGCUUUGGGUGGAAUGCUCAAUGGCUAGAAAAAUGCUCCACGAGCUUCAGCGUCAUCAAAUUCGGCGCAGCAUGCUUUGGCCUCGUGUUGAUGAUUGCGCAGUGGUGGGCUUUGAUGAGUGUACGAAGAUGGGGACAUGAGUUGAGAUAUCAGAGGAGAAACGGCAGUGUGGAUGUGGAACAGGCUGGUCUUGCAGAAGAGAAAGACGAGUUCAUGAGCAAGGAAAAGACAGAAUUCUAAAUGAUACAAUAAAUUAAAAGAGUACAAAUCA